AUGGAUAGCGAUGAUGAAAUAUCACUUAGACCAGAUUCAUUAGCAGCGUUACAAGAGUUUCUAAAGGAACAGCAAAUACGUGAUCAAGAAGAAACUGAGAAACCGUCGGUUGAUGUCUCCGAAGAUUGGAAUCUAUCACAAUUCUGGUAUGAACCAUCUACAUCUAAAUUCGUAGCGGAAACAAUAGCAAAGGAAAUCGAAGGUAAGAAACGUGUGUUGUUUCUCUCGACUCCAUCGAUUUUCAAAGCGGUCUAUCAAGAUGAGCAGUUGGCUAGUCAGUUGGAUUUCCACUUGUUCGAGUAUGAUAAGCGAUUCCAGGUGUUUGGCGAGCGUUUCAGAGUUUACGAUUAUCGUGAUCCCCUAGGAUUCCCAAAGAAAUACAAAGCGUCGUUCGAUUACAUCUGUUUCGAUCCACCAUUCCUCAGUCAAGAGUGUAUGGAGAAGGUGGCACUCAGCAUCAAUGCACUGUCACAUGCCAACACCAAACUACUCGUUUUAACAGGUCGUAUUCAAUGGCCACACAUUCAACGGCUAUUCGCCAACAUGCGUAUCUGUAAGUUUGUACCGGAGCACCCUAGACUUCAAAACGACUUUUUCUGUUGUUCAAACUAUGCAUCCGAACAACUUGGUAAAGAAGAACAAGAAAAAGAACAAGAAAAAUAG